GGCAUUCACUCAUAGCGCCUACUAACUUACUCACAGCACUUGCUAAGUGCUUGAACCCUCGUCGGGGACCCCUUCGCCCGCGUACAACAUCAAGAUGGCAAAGGGCUCGCAGCUUUCUCAGCUGAAGGCAGCCCUCAACCAGGCAGGCUUGUCCCGCCCACAACAAAAUGGCAAGAAGAGGAAGCGCACGGUUAUGGACGAGAAGGACAAGGAGAAGAAGGCCACAAAGCUCAACGAGAUCCACCAGAAGAUGAACCCCUUUGACGUGAAGGUCACGAAGCUGAAGCAUGACGUUGGCGGGCGCAAGAUCAUUGGCACUGUAGGCCGGCCCGCGCAGAGCAAGCAGGCAGGCAUGGAGCAGAGGAAGAAGACACUGUUGAAAGAACUCCAGGAGAAAAAUCGUGCAGGAGGCAUCGUCGAUCGCCGAUUCGGUGAGAACGACCCGACCAUGACACCGGAGGAACGCAUGCUGGAGCGGUUCACGCGCGAACACCAACGCACCUCGAAGGGCGCUGCAUUUAAUCUCGAAGACGAGGGCGAGCUCACGCACUAUGGCCAGAGCCUCUCAAAGCUCGACGAUUUUGACAAUGUCGGGCUCGGGCUGGAUGACGACGAAGAAGAAGACGGGGGUCAGAUUGACAGGUCGACGGUGCACAAGGCUCAUUUCGGAGGGUUUGGAGAUGAUGGAGAUAAUGAGGAAGAUAAUGAGGACGAGCCUGCGCGGAAGAAGACGAAGGCGGAGGUGAUGUCGGAAGUAAUAGCGAAGAGCAAAAUGCACAAAAUUGAACGACAAGCACAACAAGAGGAGGACGAGAACCUGCGACACGAGCUCGACCAAGAACUCGACUCCAUCCGUUCCCUGCUCUUCGCACCUGAGCCUUCCGCAUCCACGUCCAUAGCAGCCGUCCCGUCAGCAGAUGACACCACCCAACCUGCUGUCUCCGUACCUCGCACCGGCCGCGAGAUGGACCAGGACCAGGAAUACGACCAGUACGUGCGCGAGCUUGUCUUUGAGGCGCGCGCGAAGCCGAAGGAUCGCACGAAGUCGGAGGAGGAGCUCGCGCGAGAGGAGAAGGAGGCGCUCGAGCGCGCGGAGCGCAAGCGCAUCCGGAGAAUGAACGGCGAUCCCGAAGAGAGCGACGAGGAGGAGGGUGGUACGAAGGGAGCUGCGAAGGGCAAGCGCGCUAGGCAGAAAGGGGGCGAUGACCUCGAAGAUGACUUCUACGAAGAGGAUGGGCUCGCAGCGCUGGGAUCUGGACUCGGCGAAAGUGCUUUGCAAGAAGAUGAGGCGGACGAGGAGAUGCUCAAGGGCGACAGUGGCGCCGAGGACGAAGAGGAAGAUAGCGAAGAAGACGAGGACGAGGACGAGGAGGCAGCUUCAGACGAUUCUGGUGACAUUGAAGCCGAAGAAGGCGAGUCCGAAGCUCUAGUGGCCCCCGCCAGGAAGGCUGCUAGUCGGAAGGGUGCUUCUAAGGAAAUCCCAUUCACGUUUUCGUGUCCAUCAAGUCACGACGAGUUCCUGGAAAUUGUUGAGAACAUUGAUGACAAGGACGUGCCCACCGUCGUCCAGCGCAUACGGACGUUGCACCACCCAAGUCUCGCAGAAGACAACAAGUUCAAGCUGCAGGGCCUGACAAGCGUGCUCAUAGACCAUAUCCUAUACAUCACCUCGCCGCCGACACCACGCUUCACCUUGUUAUCAUCACUCGUGCCACAUCUUUACACCCUCACCAAGUCUUACCCCAUCCAGUCGGCAGCGCAUUUCGUCUCCAAGCUCAACUUAAUGCACAAAAACCUCAAGCGCGGUCUCUCCCAUGGCGCGACGGAGCUUGACGCGAAGACGUGGCCAGGCUUGCCCGAGCUUUCUCUAUUACGGGUCAUCAACCAGAUAUGGCCGACGAGCGACAAGAACCACCAUGUCGUCUCCGCUGCUCGGUUGUUGAUGGGCGCAUACCUUGGCCUCGGCCGGGUACGCUUGUUACGAGACCUGACGAGUGGCUUGUUCUUGUGCACGCUGUUCUUGCAGUACGAGCAACUCUCGAAACGGUUCGUGCCCGAGGCGAUCAACUUCCUAGCCAACGCCAUCCUGCAUCUUGCGCCACAUAAGUUCGCGGACAAGUCGACGGUGCCGGGAUACUUCCCGUGUCCUGACUUCGGUUCCGAACAUUGUCCUUCGUUCACUAUCAUCGGCAAGAAAGUCAAAGAUUUGACGCUUGAGUCGCCAUCGUUGUCUCAAUUGUUGAGCGGUGGUGAUCAUAGCGAGCAAGACAAGGCGAAUCUUUUCGGCUUGACACUGGACCUCAUUGGGCGGUUUGCGGACAUGUAUAAGGGCUUGGACGGCUUCAUCGAGCUGUACGAGCCAAUAUCGGAUCUGUUGGCGGGUGUGAAGUUGAAUGGCCUUCCAUCAGCCUUUUCUGCACGGCUGACGUCUCUCCAAGGCACGCUCGGUAGACUAUUGAAAUUCUCCCGGCAAGCACGACGUCCGCUCACUUUACAGUCGCACAAACCCAUCCCUAUCCCGACGUUUGUACCCAAGUUCGAGCAGUCUUCCUCGAACUACCUCAAGAAUCACGACCCUGAUCACGAGCGUAAUGAGGCUGCGAAGUUGCGUAGGCAGUACAAGGAGGAGAGGAAGGGUGCGAUCAGGGAGCUGCGGAAGGACGGGCGGUUCCUGGCGGCCGAGCAGCAGAAGCAGCAGAAGGAGAAGGAUAAGGCGUAUAAUGAUCGGAUGCGGAGGGUGUUUGGGUCGCUCGAGUCGGAGAGGGCAGAGGAGAAGGCGAUGGAGCGAGAGAAGGCAAAGGAUAAAAAGCGGGCCGGUCGGAAGUGAUGUGCUUACCUUUCAUUGUCCUCUUCUGCAUGUGUUGUGCUCAUUUCGUGAUCCUGCAAUACUUAAGUACUUGAGGAUAGUAUUACGCAGCCCGGAGGCCUUCAGACUUCGCAAUAGGACAGCGUUGGGACAGCGUUAGCCACGCUUUGCGAUCACGUGUGCGCGUUGUGGCGACGCGUUCAAUAUGAACGCGUUUGUUCGAAC